ACUAAAAAUCACCGCACGUGCCACCCUUGUGACAUGCAGCCAGAGAGCAGUGGACUCCAUCUGUUCUUCUAAUCCAUAAAACUAUAAAAAGUGUUCGACGAAUUAACGCUGUCGGUGUUCCCCUCAUUCUAAUUCCUCUCCCCAAACAGGAUCGGAACGGAUCGUACCCCCAAAAAAUGGCGGCAUCUCGGCGGCUCCGGGACCUGCAAUCGCAGCCAGGGAACAAGAUCUGCGUCGACUGCUCCCAGAAGAACCCGCAAUGGGCUUCGGUAUCCUACGGCGUCUUCAUGUGCUUAGAGUGCUCCGGCAAGCACCGCGGCCUCGGCGUCCACAUCUCGUUCGUCCGAUCCGUCACCAUGGACUCCUGGUCCGAGAUCCAGAUCAAGAAGAUGGAGUCCGGCGGCAACGAGCAGCUCAACACCUUCCUCGCCAGUUACGGCGUCUCCAAGGAGACCGAUAUCGUCACCAAGUACAACACCAACGCCGCCAGCGUCUACCGGGAUCGGAUUCAAGCCCUAGCCGAGGGGCGUCCUUGGCGGGACCCACCCGUCGUGAAGGAGAGCCUAGGGUUCGGGAAAUCAAAGCCACCUUUGGCUCAUGGAGGGGGCGGCGGCGGCAGCAGGGGUGGUAAUUCGGGGAACAAUGGGGGGUGGGAUAGUUGGGACGACGACGGUUUCAGAUCGUCGAACGAUAUAAGGAGGAACCAGUCGACCGGCGAUUUCAGAGCUGGUGGUGGUGGUGGUCAUGGUGGUCGUGGGGGUGAUGGAUAUGGAGGAAGCAUGCCCGCCAGGUCGAGGUCUAGGGAGGACAUUACGAGAUCGCAAUUUGAGGCCUCGGCGGCGAACAAGGAGAGCUUUUUCGCGAGAAAAAUGGCAGAGAACGAGUCUCGGCCGGACGGGCUCCCGCCCUCGCAGGGCGGGAAGUAUGUCGGGUUUGGAUCGAGUCCCGCGCCUUCCCAGAAUCAUCAGAAUGUGAAUGCGCAAGGCGAUGUGUUAUCUGUUGUUUCUCAGGGUAUUGGUAAGUUAUCUUUGGUUGCUGCGUCUGCGGCUCAGUCGGCUGCGAGUGUAGUCCAGGCAGGCACGAAAGAGCUCACUACAAAGGUGAAAGAGGGUGGCUAUGAAUACAAGGUGAAUGAAACUGUUAAUGUUGUCACUGCAAAGACUACAGAGAUAGGACAUAGGACUUGGGGGAUUAUGAAAGGGGUCAUGGCAAUGGCUUCACAAAAGGUUGAAGAGUACACUAAAGAUGGAACAACCUGGAAGGCUGAUAAUAACUGGCAACGAAAUGAUAGUGAGCAAAAUGGAUAUUAUCAAGAGUUUAAACAGGAGAAUAAACAAUGGAAUUCUUCUGGAGGGGUGCAGUCAUCGAGUGGGAAUUUUAAUUCUUACGGCUCGAGUUCUUGGGAUGAUUGGGACCAAAAAGACAAUAGGAAGCAAGAGACUACUAAGGGAACGGGAUCCAAUAGCAGUGACGGUUGGGCUGGCUGGGAUGAUGGCAAAGACGAUGGAUUUGAUCAUUACCAGAGUGCAUCUGUUUCAAAGGCUGCUGGUCACAAUGGGAAAUCGGAUUCAGCGUGGACUGGGGGAGGCUUUAACUAAGAAUCUUACAUGGUCUCAACAAAUUUCUGGUUGACCCAUAAGUUGCGGACACAAAUUAUUAGCACGCAAAUUGAAGGCUGCCAAGAUUGAUGCCUAAGGUGGAGGAAAUGGAAUUUGGUGAAUGUGGAAUUUGUUAGCAGCUGCUGCUGCUGACUAAUUGGUUGGUUGGUGAUAAAUUGGAUUUGAGAUCCAUUUCCAUGGAAAAAGACACUUUUGUUGAGUUUAGUAUAUUUGCAGAAAACGUUUUUUUUUCCUUUCUUUUUCUUUCAUCUUUAAAAGAUUUUAUGUAACUUAAUUGGGGAUAUUUGGUGUUUUCAAAGUUGUUUAUAUCUGUACAACUAUUCACAAGAGGGUUAAUUGCCCAAUUCAAAAGAGUACUGAAAUGUUCGAAUUUGUUUGUGAGAUUUGAGGAAUGAAAAUUUCUUUUAAUU